GUGGAAUGUGAACCUCUCCUCUCUGGAUUUUUGAAAAGAGUCUGACUUUUCAUAUGAGGUGACUGUGCGUGGCUAUUUUAUAUACGAGCAAAACAUUCUUUUAAAACAAUAAAGAUGCCUGUAGCCGAUGAUAUACAAUCUUCGUGGGCAGAUGAGGUUGAAAUUGAUCAGGGAGCUCUACCCCCACCAUCGGAAGUGGUUGAAAAUGGCUUGAAGAUUGUCACCGAAUAUAAAUAUGACAAUGACAAUAAGAAGGUUAAAAUUGUAAGGACAUAUAAAAUUGAGAAGCGUGUUGUAUCAAAGAGUAUUGCAAAGCGUAAAACCUGGAGUAAAUUUGGUGAUUCUGCAAGUGAUAAGCCAGGUCCUAAUCCUGCAACCACCAAUGUUUCUGAAGAUGUAUUUAUGCAGUUCAUUACUAGUAAAGAAGAGAGUCAACGAACUGAUGAUGGUGAUCUUGAUGGUCUUAAGCCUCAAACAAGUAGUGUCAUCUACAAGUGCCGAACAUGCCAGGGUGAACAUUGGACUUUGAGCUGUCCAUUCAAAAAUAGUGAUGUUGUUAUGGCCAAGGCCAAUGAAGCUGCGAAAGCUGCCGAAACGAAAACUCCUGCUACAACCAACAAGUACAUCGCGCCGAACAUGCGCGAGGGCGCCAAGCCACGCAGCUGCGAGCCUCCAGGCCCGAGACGUGAUGACAUCGCCGCCAUUCGUAUCUCCAACCUCAGCAACUUUGCAGUGGAAGCCGAUCUUGAUGACCUGGUUCGUGGUUUUGGACCUGUGCAGAAGCUGUACCUUGCAAAAGAAAAGAGUACUGGACAAUGCAAAGGGUUUGCUUAUGUUCACUUCAAGUUUAAAGCCGAUGCUGCGAAAGCUAUUCAAAUACUUAAUGGUUACGGUUACGAUCACUUGAUUCUGAAUGUUGAAUGGUCUAAGCCACCACAAAAUAAUUAGUUGUCACUGAUAAAAAACGUAUAUACAAUAUUU